AUGUUUAAGAAACUAGAGAUUACCAUUCCUUUCUCAGAAGCAUUGCAACAGAUGCCAUCUUAUGCAAAGCUUUUGAAAGAACUCCUUACAAAGAAAAGAAAAUAUUUUGAGAAGGAGACCAUUGAAGUAAAAGGUAAUUGUAGUGCAAUCAUACAACAAUUACCUCCCAAGUUUAAAGAUCCAGGGAGCUUCACUAUUCCAUGCCCUAUAGGAGAGUUGGAAAUUGUAAGAGCUCUAAUUGAUUUGGGAGCAAGCAUUAAUUUGAUGCCGCUUUCUGUAUUUAAAAGAAUUGACGGCUUAGAGCUCAAACCCACUAGAAUGGCACUUCAAUUCGCGGACAGGUCUCUUAAAUAUCCUUAUGGAGUAGUUGAAGAUGUGCUAGUCAAGGUAGAAAAAUUCGUUUUCCCAGUGGAUUUUGUUAUCAUGGAGAUGGAGGAAAAUGGAGAUGUUUCUAGAUGA